AUGAGCGUUGAGAGAUUGAUCGAAGUGGAAACAAUUGACCCACGACCACUACCCCCGUGGCGCCUCGACCCUUUUACAGAGGUCGAGGUUGGCUUAGACCGAGAGGCAGCGAGACAACGCGCCGACGCCAUCCGAUCAAAAUCGGACAUAGUCGUCUACUCGGAUGCGUCCGGUCGCGAUGGCCAGCUGGGAGCAGCCGCCGUAACAAUAGACAACAACUUGGAGGUAGUCGAAUCACAGCAAGUCCAGGUGGGACCGAUGGAUCGCUGGUCAGUUCACGUGGCGGAGCUGAUUGGCGUCUUUUAUGCGAUCAAUAUGAUCUUCAAAAUAGCACACCAGCGAGAGGGGGCGGGAGAUCGAGAGACAGCCGCGACAAUCCUCUGCGACAGCAAAUCAGCGUUACAAGCGAUUCAGAACGUAAAAAAGAAGUCAGGACAACGGAUUGUUCAUGCGAUCCACCACGCCGCCACUGAGGUCCAAGCCGCAGGCAUUGCACUACGCCUGCAGUGGGUGCCAGGGCAUUGUGAUAACCCAGGCAAUGAAGCCGCAGAUCGAUUGGCGAAGGAGGCUGCCAGCCCAGGCAAAUCACACUCCUUCCGGCCACUGCUCACAAGAGAAAAGGCGUCCAUUCGUAGUAAUAUCAUCGCCCAGUGGGAACAAGAGUGGAGAUCAACCAAUAAAGGUGGCCAUCUGAGGAAGAUCGAUAACACUCUGCCGUCGGCAUACACCAGGAAGUUGUACGGAAACCUGGCCAGGGGCCAGGCAUACUUGUUGACUCAGCUACGCACGGGCCAUAACUGGCUAUCCACCUACGCUAAGCUCUUUCGGUUCCGCGAAGACGAUCAGUGCGUGUGCGGCGCGCAAGAAACCGUGACCCAUGUCCUGGUAGAUUGCCCAAUCUUGAAGGAUCUACGAAGGGAAAUGAGACAGAAAGUGGGGGACGCGUUCAACAGCGUGUCGAGCCUGCUGGGAGGCUCAAAACAAGGUGAGCAAGGUAAACCAGACACCGUCUCGAGGGCGAAGACGGUCCAGGCCGUAUUGGACUUCGCCGAGGCGUCACAACGGUUUCGCAGUCGCGCGCCACUAGGGCAGCCUAACAGUGGAAGCGGCAAUUAG